AUGUCUUUAUGUUUAAUAGUACAUGGUGGUUUAAUACCUCAUCAUCCAAAUUUAUAUGAUGAAGAUGUUUUGGCUUAUUUGGACGCAAAUGGUUUAUUAAACAAUGAAAAUGAAAACAGUAAUCGUGUUGAACGACCUCGUGCAAUAAAUUAUCAACCGUCAAUACCAUCCAUUUAUGAUGAUAGUUUUAUUCGUCAACUGAUUAAUCAUCAAAAAAAUGCCAAACGAUCAAAAUUGAACCUUCAUACUAAUCUGAAUUUACCUCGAUAUUUACGUGCACUUGAUUAA